GUCAUUCUGAAAUGUUUACUUUUUGAUAGUUUUGUUUACUAGACAUUAGUAUUGUUUGUAUGCUAACAACUAUUUUAGUAUUUUUUUAGUUGCUAAAUAAGAUUUCAAUAUUUGCAUUUGCUUUUCAUGUAGAGAAUCUGAAGAAAAAUAUUGCAUACAUUUUCUUUUUUUUUAAGUAUUACGAGGUUUAAUUUUUAUGUUGCUUAUGAAAUUUGUUAGAGAUGAGAUAAAGAUAUCUUAUCUGAAUGAAAUCAAAUAAAUAAAUAGCGAAUUGUUUUAUGUAAAUCGUAGAAUUCAAUAAAACUGCUUGAUUUGCAGCACAUAUUUCCAAUAACAAAUUGGUUAAGAUGACUCAAAUUAGUACCGAAAAAAAGUUAUUAAUAACAUAUGCAUUAGCAUUAGCUGCUGGAUUGGUAGCUACAAUAAGUUUGUCUAUAGCCUGGACACAUUGGAAAUCCACAUUAGAUCAAUGUAUUCACAAGAAUUGCAGCUGCAUUUUAUUUGGGCAGCAUACACCAGAUAUUUUUCUAGGUGGGCCUGAAGCUUCAUGUAUUUUCGUCACUUAUGGACCAAUUCUUUACAUAUUAUUUUGUGUUAGUUUUGUAUGCUUUCAUGGCUAUAGAUAUUUAUUUAUGAGAGAAAGACCAAGUGCUAGGACUGUUAUGAGAAAAAAUGGUGAUGGAGAGACAAUACAUAUGGCAGUACAGUCAGAAGAUUCUUCACCCCUUCCUAAGACUUUCUGGGUAACAAUGUCAUCAUUAACUGUAAUAUUUUUAAUUUAUUCCCUAGUACAUUUUAUCACAUUUCUCACGGGAUAUUAUAAAACAUGCAAGGAAUACCGCAAAACACUUGAAAAUGAAUUGGGAAUUAGGGGAUCAGCUUUACCAGUCAUUUAUAUGAGACUGUCUUGUGGUGGUAUUUUUGAUUUCAUGGAUUACUUGCAUCCAAUUCCAGAAAAUAGUUAUAGAUAUGGUUUCAUCGACACUGGACUUGCUUUAAUGAUAGGAAUAACUGGUUCUUGUAUAGCAUUUCUUUUAUUCAUAGUAGCUUCAUUUUUGAAUGUAAAAAGAGCUAGAUUGAACUACUGAAUAUAAAAUGGUUUUUUUUUUUGGUAUCAGUACCAAUUUUUUACGCUAAAGUGAAUUUAUGUACAAAAAAAUCAGGAAUUUGAUAUGUUUACUUUCCUGCAUUUACAUACGUUAUUUAGGAAUAAUUUCAAUGAUAGAAUUUUUUAUUUUAUUUUUAAAUGCCUUUUACUUUUUGUUUUAUAUGAUUGAUAAAAAUAGUUUGAAAUAAUUUCUAAUAAUCUUUAUAUGUUAUAUGAACCCCAAUUUUAAUACAUUUCUUUUUAAUUUCAAUUUUACAUGUAAUUUUAAGGAGUGUUAUUAUGUAACAGUAACACAUCUAAUAUUCCGUCCUCUGGUUCCAAUGGAUCCUUGAUUAUUAAUGAAAUAUUUUUUGUUUCUUCUUGAAUUAUGAAUUUUAUAUGGAUGUAUAAUUUGGUGUCAUCACUAUCCGUUAUUUUGACCAUCAUUUUUAAUUUCAACUACUUUAUAAGAUGUAAGUAUUAUAUAUUCACCUAUCGGGACUAAAAAAACUUUAGUAUUAAUAUAGAAUUCAAGAAUGUUGAAAGGAUAAGAUGUAUUUUAUAAAAAAUGUUUUUUAUUUUUUCUAAUAAAUCAACAAUAAAAAUUA